GAAUCUGAUGCGCAGGAUGAAGCAUACAAACGUAUUGGACUGCAUCGCUAUCUGCCAUGGGCCGCCCGCGUGCAUUGUCAUGGACGUCAUGAUCCUCGGCGACAUGCACACCUACCUACGCUCGCAAUUCGAUCGCGACGAACCUGUGACGGUGGGUGAGAAGUACUUCUUCGCGUACCAGAUAGCCAGUGGGAUGGCGUAUCUCGCCAAAGAAGGUCUUGUGCACAGGGAUCUGGCCACAAGAAACUGCAUGCUCACACGCGGGUCGGAGAGCACCUUUGGUUAUCCGACUGUGAAAGUAGCGGAUUUCGGGCUGUCCCGCACACUGGACCAAGACAGCAGCUUCUAUGUUAUGGGCUCAGCAACAGAACUCCCCGUUAGGUGGCUAUCCCCACGUGCUAUGUUGGAG